AAAGUCGUUUAUCCAUUUAACGGAGAAAACGAUGAUGAACUAACGUUACGUACGGGAGAUAUCAUACGAGUACUUAACGCAGUAGACGAUGGGUGGUGGUUAGGGGAAAUCGACCAGCGACGCGGAAUAUUCCCUGUCAAUUAUACAGAACCC